AUGGACCCGCCGCUCAUCGACUUCUUCGGACCACUCGGAUUCAUACCGAAAACCGUCAUUUGUGAGCAUUUGAGACCGGUCGAAUUGUGAGUUGAACCCAAAAAAACACGAGUAAUUUCAUUUCCGCUACUUUUCAGAGUCGCCCUCCAAUUUCAGUCGGACGUCUGGAGAUCAGUGGCCCGUGAAACGUUGAAAAAUCGACUGUUGGAAGUGAACUUUUCAUUCGAGAAUAAUCCAGCGACUCCAGCCGAACGCGCGCUUGUCAAGUUCAACAUUUACACGACGAAAUGUCAAAAUUCGAACUUUAAAAUUGCAUUCGAGAGGCCGGACGCUUGCGGAAACGAGCAGAUAUUGUCGUUCGGCGAUGAUUCUAAAAAAGAGGUGCUCAUUUGCAAAAGUGCCAGUUUUGAGAAGCUCUUCGAAAACAUGCACACACUCAAGAAUAUCAUUGAUUCAUCGUAUCGAUCGGUCGAAUUAUUGAAUGCGUGGGUGGCCGUGGACUCGGAAUUACCCCGAAAUCUAGUGCUCGACUUUUUGACAUCGAGCAACGAGUGGAAGGACGUCAGAAUGACGAAGUUGGGCGAUGAACUGAGAGCCGUUCCCGGCAAAUUGGUGAACAAAUUCCUGAAGGUGUUGAAGAUACAGAACAAGUUGGUGAUCGCUUUGAAUUCCGAUGAAGAUGUCGACUUCAAAUUGGUAAUUUGCCUUAUUCACAAGUUUCCGAAACGGUCUUUCGUUUCAGCUGCCGAUCAGACCGCCAAGUGCUCAGUUCAGCUGUGCCAGUUGGCCGACAAUCGAGCAGAUCAUCGAUUUGAACGCCGACGUCGCGCUAUUCCAAAACUGCGCGUUCACCGACGACGAUAUGAACACGUUUUUGAGAAGGUGGAUGAGCGGAGAGGCGCCGAACGCAAAGCACUACACAUUUGAGACGAAUAGCCGUCUUUUUCGAUCCGAACACGUUCUGCAGGGCCUGAAAGCCGAGCGUUGGAGCCCAGAGAGACGCGAGAAGAAGUACAAGUGAGUGUUUGGCGUUAAAAAGCCAAAAGUCGUUUGUUCAGAUUUCCAAUUCUCGGCCAGCUGAACGAUUAUCGGUACGGCUAUGUGGACCUGUCCUCCGAAAUGGACAUCACCCGUUCGGACGGCGUCAUCGGCACGCUCAAGUUUAAUGUGUUUCAACGGUCGACGACGGAGACCCAGCACAACAUUCACUUCUACGUCUGGCCAGAGCCGUUCCCGAUGAGAGCCGAGAUCCGGCGCCUGAAUGUUUGCACCGAGCAGUUCGAUCGGUUUUUGGCACAGAUCGACCCGAGACUGUUGAGGUUGGCGCAAAAAGCGGUAGAACGAUUCUGGAGCGUGCCGGCUCUGGAGCACCACGAUCCGGAAUUGUACGAAAAGCUGGGAGCGGAGGGACGGAAGGCUGUGGAGGCACAUCUGAACAAGAAGCACAUCGGAGACUCGAUUCAGGCGUUUUUGAGAUGA